AUGAAAGUACUUGUAACUUCCGACAACCAUUUAGGAUUUAAAGAAACUGAUCCAAUACGUGCCGAUGAUACAUUCAAUACAUUUGAUGAGAUAUUAUUCAUUGCCCAGAGAGAGAACGUGGAUUUGGUUCUCCAAGGAGGAGAUCUCUUCCACGAAAACCAACCUUCUCGUAACACAUACAACAGAACAGUGAAAAUCCUAAAAAAGUACUGUCUUGGAACUUCAAAGCCCAAUUUCAAGGCAAACAUCAGAAUAAACACAGAUGAUCCAAAUAUGAACAUUUCUCUUCCAAUCUUGAGUAUCCAUGGCAACCAUGAUGAUCCUAGUGGAUUCAAUAGUGUUUCACCUCACGAUAUUCUACACAGUGGAGGAUUUGUCAAUUACUUUGGGAAGGUAGAUGAUGUGGACGAUAUUGAAUUAAAACCAAUCCUCAUUCAAGGAGAUAGGAAAGUAGCAAUCUAUGGAAUGGGUCAUAUCAAGGAUCGUAGAGUCUAUAGGACUUUUAUCAAGGAUAGGGUUAGGUACGUUAGGCCAGAAGGUGAAGAGUGGAUUAAUAUCUUUAUUGUACAUCAAAACCGAACGUUUAGACCAGAAGAGUAUCUUCCAGAAGAUCUUAUUAAUCCAUUUUUUGAUAUUGUGAUCUAUGGUCACGAACAUGAAAGCAUAAAAACUCGACAUAAGAAUUUUGAAGUACUCCAAUGCGGAAGUACUGUGCGAACCAGUCUGUGUGAAGGAGAGAUGGGUGAUAAAUUUGUCUAUAUCAUUGAUAUUUCCGAGAGAGUGUUUAUAAAUAGGAUUAAAUUAGAAACAGUCAGGCCCUUUAUAAUGGAUACUAUUAAGAUAUUUGAGACAAAUAACGCUAGUAGUAUUAACAACAAUAUAACUGGUAGAAGUAUUGAUCAACAGAUUAAAGACAAAGUUGAAGAAAUCUUAGAAAGGUUGAAUGAAAAUCGAACUGGUUCUAUGCUUCCUUUAUUAAGAUUAAGGGUUGAUAUUGAUGGAAAUUUAGAUUUUAAUAAGCAUAAUAUUAUAACGUCACUAGAAUCUAAAAUAGCUAAUCCCAACGAGGCUCUAAGAAUUUCUAGGAAGCAACAUAAAGAAAUACUUAAGCAUAGUUCUAUUGUUCAAAAGAACGAAAUUGAGGAUGUUUACAAGAACAUUUUAGAUGGCUGUGAUUUAAAGGCGUUAGUGCAAGGAAGAGUGAUUGAAGCGUUAUUAGAGUUUCUAAACAAGGAUAGUAAAGAAGCUUUUAGUAACUUAGUAAAAGAUAGUGUUAAAAGUAUUAUUGAUAAUAUAAACAUGAAUGACUUAGUUGCUGACAGUAUUGAAGAUGCUAUAAAAAAUGCAAGGGAAAAGAUUUCAAAAGAAAACAAUGCAAUAUUAACGUUAGAUAAUAAAAUAAACAGUAUAAAUGAUGAAAGCAAAAGUGACAGUGAGCUUUAUGAAAAAUAUCAAAAUUCCGAACUAUAUAAAACAAUCCCUCUUCCACAACCGUCCAUUUCAUUUCAAAGUAGCUCAAUCAUUAACUUAAAUAGCGAUUAUACUUUUAUUGAGGAUAAAAUUGAAAAUAUUGAAAAAAAAGAAAUUAUUGAAAAUGCACACAAAGAAUUGGAAGAAAGAAUCAAAAAAUCCAAGAUUGAGGAUGACUUUGAUGAAUUAUUUGGAUUUUCAAAAUUUAUGCCAGAUUAA